GCCAUGGGCCGUAGCAGUGCGUGAGCGUGCGCGGUGAGGGCGGCGCGGCGGCCGCGGCAGCCGGCGGUGGCCCGCGUAUGGUGUGCUGUAGCAUGAUGCCCGUAGCGACCGCCCCGGGCGUGCCGGCGCAACGGCCCAAGAUGGGCUUCUCGAUCGACUCGCUGGUGGGAGACAGUGCGGACAAGCCGCUGCGUCUGCCGCUGGCCGAUCCGCGCUGUCUGAAGCUGGCGCAGCUACGCGGCGAGCUGGCGCUGGCGCGGCCAGCCGGCCUGCACACGCUGCACGGACUGGCGCCCCCGGUGCCGGCGGCGCCCUCCGAGAUGCCGCUCUACCCCUGGCUCAUGUCGCGUCACGGCCGCGUGUUCCCCGGCCGAUACGCGCCAGGACCGCACCUCCCCGAGUUUCUUUUUCAACCGUUCCGGAAGCCGAAGCGGAUCCGGACGGCGUUCUCGCCGACGCAGCUUCUGAAGCUGGAGCACGCCUUCGAGAAGAACCAUUAUGUGGUGGGCCAAGAACGAAAGCAGCUGGCGCAGACGCUGAGCCUCUCUGAGACGCAGGUGAAGGUGUGGUUCCAAAACCGGCGCACCAAGCACAAACGGUCGACGACGGACGGCGAGGGCGGCGCCGCCGACGAGGCCGGCAAGGAGGCCGAGCAGCCGCUUGCCGGCUCCGGGUCCGACUCGGAGGACAAUGCCAGCGUCGGCAUCGACGUCACCAACUGAGUUGACGUCAUCAACUGAGGAAUAUCUGGCGUCAUCAGGUGAAGCAGCGGUACGGGAUGGCGAAUACCCACCGACGUCACCGAAGCGCCACUGUCGUCAGCUAAGGAAGGAUGAUGUCAGUGACUCAGCCGGCUUUUCUGCCGCUGUCGCCAGCUGAGGCAUACCAGACGCCAUCCUCACGAGCAUCAUCAGCGGAAGCAUAUCACAGACCGUGUAAACGUUGCCACCUGAAGCAUGUCUGACGCCGCCAACUGGGCCAGCGACACCACCCGAGCCGGUGUCUUCAGCUGGGGCCUAUGCGACGACACCGACUGAGGCGGCGUAACCUGCGCAGCGCUGUCAUCGAUAGGGGCAUGUAUGACGUUAUCGUGUGACGUACCAGCCCGAUGUCAGCACCAACGUCACUGGUGGAGAAGCGAGCAGACGUCUGUCAGCGUCACGGUCCGACACGACGUCAGACGCCUGUCAGCGUCACGGUCCGACACCACGUCAGGCGCCUGUCAGCGUCACGUUCCGACACCACGUCAGGCGCCUGUCAGCGUCAAGCUCCGACACGACGUCAGGCGCCUGUCAGCGUCACGGUCCGACACAGCGUCAGACGUCUGUCAGUGUCAUGGUCCGACACCACGUCAGACGCCUGCCAGCGUCACGGUCCGACACGACGUCAGGCACCUGUUAGUGUCGCGGUCCGGCGCGACGUCGGACGUCUGUCAGUGUCAUGGUCCGACAUCAUGUCAGACGCCUGUCAUCAGCGUCAAGCUCCAACACGACGUCAGACGCCUGUUAGUGUCAAGCUCCAACACGACGUCAGGCACCUGUCAGCGUCAAGCUCCAACACGACGUCAGACGCCCGUCAGCGUCAAGCUCCAACACGACGUCAGACGCCUGUCAUCAGCGUCAAGCUCCAUCACGACGUCAGACGCCCGUCAGCGUCAAGCUCCAUCACGACGUCAGACGCCCGUCAGCGUCAAGCUCCAACACGACGUCAGGCGCCUGUCAGCGUCACGGUCCGACGCGGCGUCAGACGUCUGUCAGUGUCAUGGUCCGAUACCACGUCAGACGCCUGUCAUCAGCGUCACGGUCCGACACGGCGUCAGAGGUCUGUCAGUGUCACGGCUCGACACCAUGUCAGACGCCUGUCAGUGUCACGGCCCGAUGUGACGUCCAAUGUCCCUGCCACACGUGGCGAUGCCGUCGGCCGAGUCCGGUGGUUGUCCCUGCCGUAACCGCCUGGCGAUGCGUGGCCGCGCCUACAGUGUGCGGAGGGUCUCAUAAUUCGCGGUCCUCAAUGGCAGACAGGUUUUCUAGCACUUAUGCUGUAACGCCUCGGACGGGGCAUCACACUGGGCCUCUGUUAUUAUUCACACCUGGUCUUUUGGCUUUCAUCAUGUUGUGUGCGGUGACAUUGCGCGCCAGUUUACGCAGGGAUGAAACAACUUUUGAGCCAAAGACAGGUAUAGCUCAAAGACCUAUCCUCUUUUAGUUAUCGGAAUUUCAAGACCACAUAAAACAGCAUACGGUCUAAACUUAAAAAAAUUAUCUGUCAGCCUCAUGACGGCACAGUGUCACACCUCUUCAAGUGAAAACCCUGAAGUCGUGCGUCUGCAGUCUUUUAUUAUAAAGUUAUACGAAUCAGCUUAAUGGCCCAAUGACUACGAGGAAAAACAAGGGCUUUCGGCCCCAUGCCAGCUUCAGGUACCCGUGGGGUUGGGUGGGUGUUCGUACAAACCAUUGGUACGAAUCAUUGUUAAACCCUGCAUUGUUAAAUCCUGCGACCCAGCCGGAUGGCUUCUCGAACGGGUUCUGGAUGUGACGAGUGUGGACAGUGUCGCCACUAAGUUGAGGUCAGUUAAAAUUAAAGUUGUAGCAAUUUACGGUCAUGCUGUUGUUUGUGUGCACAAACUCCGCCUCCCGCCCCCGUUUAACAUGGAUCGCGGCACUUUUUUGGCUAGGUCAUCCUCACGUGUUUUCAGGGCCGUGAUCCUGAGCACGUUAUGGGUCAGUGGAACCGUUUCCGCCACACGUCCCCAUCAGACCAUUACGUGAUUAUCAGGUGUUCAUCCAAUGCCUGCCGGGUGCUGCACCUGGCUUCUGCGCUGUUGAUCGGACGCCUUUUUAUUCUGCCAACAAAGCCAGCUUAUAGCUUUUAGCGUACAUUGUGUGCUCCGUUGAACAUGCAUCCUUUCAGAUGUUUUUGAUCCCCCCCCCCAUGAGACAGGUCACAUGUGUGCUGCAUGGGACGGCGUGCUAGCAAUUUCUUCACUGUCUGUCAUUUCAAGCUGCUUUAAAGGCGAGUAGCGUACCUAAAAGUGAUUUUAGAGUUUGACGACUGGAAAGCAGCACAUCCUUUUCAUUCAGUGCAUGCCUUCCCUCUCACCAAUCUGUCUUAACACUGCAAUAAUUCUGCAAAGUUUUGACCUCCAAAGUUUUGACCUUAUAAAUGUCGGAAAUGAACAGCAUACAGGGGUGGCCCAAGCUGCAUCUCUUAUAAGUUUUAAGGGAAAACAACGUUUUUCCAUAAAAAAUAGAGUUUCAUAAGGAACAAGAUCAAGAUAGCGGUUGUAACGACAUUUCUCUAGACAUGACGUCAUCAGCGCCAGAUGGCGUUCCAGGAUGUACGGUGAUGCCACCACAAGCCUUCUUCAGGAUCACAUGAUACCAUGCUGUCCGUCUCUAGCAUGUUAACAUAAAUAACUCAGCUAUAGCUUUAACGUGUAAAACCAAUUUUUCCUUGCUAUCCAUUUUAAGAUAUGCCGGCUUUUAUCAUACCAUUAGACCGCUGGUUAAAUGGAAUACGCAGAUACUCAAAAUUGAUAAUGAGUUGAAGUGCAUCGUGCUGUACUAUUAUACAACACCCUUGAUUAAACGUUCUGUCCUUCCACAGGUAUUAAAAACAAUAUAAGUUCCAACGCUAGUAAUUACCAAGACAGCGGAUUUUAUAAGCAGUGGUAUGCCUCUGACAAUGAAAUGCGCAUUUGCAGCUAAAUUAACUCAAAGAUGUACAUUCCAUUUCAGGAAAGAAACCCGUACAAUGCCUUUCAUUCAUAGCGUUACGUCCUAAGACCAAGUGCAAAAGGGGCAAUAUUUCAGGUGUUUCGGGUCUGCUGGGGCUGAACAGCCGCCUGUGGCACGAUAAUGCUCUAUUCCCUCUGGGAACAAUGUCAUUGCAGAAAUGUAUGGCAGGUCCGAUCAUUUCAACGCCAGAAGCCGUUUGAUUCGGAGCGUCACCUUGUCUCUGGGUCAUACGGGGUCAAUAUCGGGCCAGCGUGGCGUGAAACGUCCCCCUUUCAAGCCGGGUCUGAAAACAAAGGCGGGAUGGUGUAUCAACGCCGUGCUCGUUCGUCGUCUGGAGACCUAUGCAAACAGGUUGCAGGACCAAGCCUGAGCCUCGUCAUGCGCUGAGGUCAUGGGCAUCUCCACAGGGCAGGCUUGCGUUUAAAUGUCUGAGUCGAUGGAACAGCCGCGCUCGCAGACUUCUAGAACUGAAGCGUGUCUUGUGCCGCCGGCUUUUCGCGCCAACGCUCUGAAUUUUGAUUGAUUGGUUUAUCCACGGCUGUUCCAAUAACUGUCAUCGACGAACGAUGGUUGGGCCGGGCUCUGCCUAUGCCCACACUGACCUUGACCUAUGUUGUCGAGGGUCGGCGCAUCGCUUGGUGAGAACAAGCGUAGGGUGCUGGAGAGACAAACACUGAAUUUAUUCGCACCGUUCAGAGAGUCCAUGUCGGAUGUGACCACCUGGCCCAGCCAGCUCAGCGUAUAGUUUAUUUGCUCCGACACCUGUGCGUUACGUUGUUCCUGAGUAGUGUGACACGUUGCUGCAUCUGUAAACCAGUCUAAUAUUGAUUUGCGAAGGUCGUCCGCAUCGUAUCACGUUGGGCGUCCACCAUGAGCUCGUGUUAGGACCCCGUACAGUCACCUACCGCGGCGCCACCCGUGUGCAUAUGUAGUAUUCAUAUACUGGUUGUGUCAUGCAUAUAUAUUGGCGGUUGGCUCGUAGUUCCCGCCACCCUCCAGCGAUUUGUCCUGAUGCUAUGUGUGUGUGUGAUUGUCUGUGUGGGAGUGUACGUCUGUGUGUGUGUCGAUGAACCCUGACAGAAAACUGACAAUACAGUG